CAAAUAUGAAGUGGCUCUCAAGAACUUCAUCGACUCAGUAUCUUCAAAGAUCUUCGGUCAAAGCUCACCUUUCAGUUUUAAUCAUGACGACAAGCAUGCAUAUCUUUUUCUAGCGUCACAAGCUAGUUGUAAUCACAAGCCUUUGAGGGUAACUCUGCACCCUGCAACUUCAAACAGAUCAAUUUCCAUGAUGAUGAAAGAAAGAUGAUAUCUGAGCGAGCAGUUUUGAGAAACUAUAUAAUGGAGGCUUCUAUCCCUGUCGAAUAAAAAACCAAGGUAUCAAUCCACUGAUAAACUCGUAAGAUAAACGCAAAGAAACAAUCCAGAUAAUUUUCACUUUUAUCUACUGUUAUUAUAUAAAUCCAGUUUCUAAACUUUCAUCUUGAAUCUGUCAGCAUGUACUCUCUCUACGUCAUUGUGAUUUCUUUCAUGAUUGUAGCCUUAUCGGGCGGGUCCCCGGUUGAGUUGAGUUCAGAUACUAGGUCAAGUACUGCCUCAAGCCAAUCAUAUGAAGGUCGUGCUACCUGGUUCUACCCCGACACUGGGGCUUGUGGAGAGUCUGAUGGCGUGGAAGAUUAUAUAGUCGCCAUGAACUAUCCUCAAUACGGAUCUGGUGACCCUUGCUAUAAAUUUGUCAAGAUUACUAACAAGUCCAAUGGGAAAGCCAUCAAGGCUAAAGUGACUGACUUAUGCCCUGGGUGCGGUUAUGGAUCUCUAGACCUGACCCCCUCAGCUUUCAAGGCGUUGGGUGAACUCGACACUGGAGUUUUACCAAUUGCUUGGGAGUUUGCAUAAAGCUUUCACAUUUCAUUCGGGGUCGAAUCUAGAAUAAAAAUCCACAAGACUCUUUCGCUGGCGAUUUAUUGUUCAGUUCCUAUGGAACAAAAAAACAAAGCAAACAUCUGGUUCAUGUCAUUGCUUCAAAGCAUUCAUUUUUUUUAUCAACAAUUGCACUUAUCCUAACUAUACGGCAACUUGUAUCUUUCUUACUGUAUAUACUUCGAAAACUUUGACUAUACAAAAAAUCCUUCCUGCUUUCAGAAAAACAUCUGGUAUCUGUAUUGUAACAUUUACAAUCGUGUUUUAUUAACUUUCUUUUCCUCUAUCAUCUAGCAUAGAGUAUUUUGAAAGUCUUGCUCAUUAUUCAGUUUCGACUUCUAUCAUCUAGUAUAGCGUAGAAAUCUGUUGUUAUUUGUUCCGGUGUAUAUUUUAGAAAAAUUGUAUAUAAAUAUUAGCUCAAUUGUAUAUAAAACGAGAUGUUCUCAAUGGUCUGUAAAUGCUUAUUAGCCUUCGAUAGCUACAUUCUACAAACC